UCUCCCCGCUCCUCGAUUUAAACCCCUCUCACCAGCCCCUUUUUCACCGCCAUUACCACCAUCUCCGUUCUCCUCCCGUGCCGUACGUUCUAAAACUUCCUUUUUUUUCUCCGUCAAACACUGAAAAAAUGGGUAGCCUUGAUUUGAGCUCCGUCGACUCUUCCUCUCCCCAGCGUGAAUUCAAGCCCUUAGACCCCGAAGAAUUCCGACAACAUGCCCACCAGAUGGUCGACUUCAUAGCCGACUACUACAAACAAAUCGAAACCUUCCCAGUUCUCAGCCAAGUCCAGCCCGACUACCUCCGCAACCGUCUCCCCGGAGCUGCACCAUACCUUCCUGAAUCGCUACAAACCAUUCUCACAGACGUAACCAAUCACAUAAUCCCCGGUAUGACUCAUUGGUUAAGCCCAAACUUCUUUGCCUUCUUUCCGGCCACUGUCAGCACCGCUGCUUUCCUCGGAGAAAUGCUGUGCACCUCGUUUAAUGCCGUCGGUUUCAACUGGCUUGCCUCCCCGGCGGCCACGGAGCUCGAGAUCAUUGUCAUGGACUGGUUAGCCAGCAUGCUUAAACUCCCGAAGUCUUUUAUGUUCUCCGGCACCGGCGGCGGAGUCAUUCAAAACACCACGAGUGAAGCAAUUCUAGUUACUCUCGUCGCCGCCAGAGAUCGCGAGCUACGUGCAAAAGGGACCGAUGAAAUACAAAAGCUCGUCGUGUAUUGCUCCGACCAGACACAUUCGACUUUCACUAAGGCUGCCAAACUUGCCGGCAUCAGUCCCCGCAACGUAAAGUCUAUCCCGACAAACAUUGAUACAGAUUUUGCUUUGUCGCCAGUUCUGCUACGUACUGUUGUGGAGGCUGACGUGGCGUCCGGGCUGGUCCCACUUUAUGUUUGUGCCACCGUGGGGACAACCUCAACCACUGCAGUUGAUCCUCUCGAGCUGCUUGCCGACGUGGCAAGCGAGUACGGGAUGUGGAUGCAUGUGGACGCUGCUUACGGCGGUAGCGCAUGCAUUUGUCCCGAGUUUAGGCACUACUUGGACGGGAUCGACCGAGUCGACUCACUGAGUCUGAGCCCGCACAAGUGGCUGCUCUGCUACUUGGAUUGCUGCUGCAUGUGGGUCAAGAACCCGAGCUUACUGGUGAAAGCAUUGAGCACCGACCCGGAGUACUUGAGAAACAAAGCGAGCGAGUCGGACUCGGUGGUGGAUUUCAAGGACUGGCAAGUGGGUACGGGUCGAAAAUUCAAGUCGCUCCGUCUUUGGCUCGUGCUGCGCAGCUACGGCGUAGCGAAUCUCGAGAGCCACAUCCGGUCCGACGUGCGGAUGGCGAAGAUGUUCGAGGGGCUCGUGAAAUCCGACCCGCGGUUCGAAAUCGUGGUGCCGAGGUGGUUCGCGCUGGUGUGCUUCAGGCUAAACCCGCUUUCAUGGGCCGGGUCGGGUAACACAGAAGUCCUGAACCGGAAGCUGCUCGAGUGGGUGAACUCAAGCGGGCUCGUUUACAUGACCCACACAAUAGUCGGUGGGGUAUACCUCCUGAGGUUCGCGGUGGGGGCCACACUUACAGAAGAGCACCACGUGGUUGACGCGUGGAAACUGAUCAAAGAAGGAGCUGAUGCCGUUCUUAAGGGCGGAUGCAAUUGAUGAUAAGCUCUUGUCACCUUUUGUGCCUUGAAACAAACUGGUUUCUGGUGGAGUUUUUUUUUUGUUUGGAAAAUGCAGUUUAUCUCUUUGAAAUUUUUGGGAUUUUUUAAUUUUAAUUUCAAAGUUCAAAAAUUGGCAAUCUACCCUCCUAAAGUUUUAAAAUUUGACAAUUUAAACCAUCCGUUUAAUUUUUUCGUCUAAAUAGACGGAAAUCUAUGAAAUUACAUCAUUACCCUCAAGCUUUUUUUUUUAAAAAAAAAAAAAUUUCCGUACAAUUUAACAGAAAUUAGUAACGGAAGGUUUAAAUUGCCAAUUUUUAAAACUUCAGAGGGGUAGAUUGCCAAUUUUUGAACUUUGUGGUUAAAAUUGAAAAAUCCCUGAAACAUCAAGGGUAAAUUGCAUUUUCCUUUUUUUUUUUUUUUUUUUUUUUAAUAUUUCCAUUGAGGCAAAUUGUGAAGGAAAGGGUGUAAAAGUCGAGUAGCGAAUAUAACUACUUAAAAACCCUUGAAAUAAAAAAGG